AUGAGUUUUGUUGAGACUUACAUUAGGUUGGUUGAUUAUUCUGUCUUUGCUUUAAACUCUCUAAUCAGAGUUUACUCCAAGAGCUCAACUCCUGAAAAAAUCUUCGAUUUCUAUAAAAGAAUUGUAAAAUCGAAUCAUAAACCUGAUAAUUACACGUUUACGUUCUUGAUCAAGUCUGCUGCACAGUUAGUGGAUAAGAAUUUGGGUUUUGCUGUACAUGGGACUGCUUUGAAAUACGCCUUGGAUCAAGACCCACAUGUUCAAAGCGGGUUGAUUAAUUUGUACGCUGAAAUGGGGUCUCUUAGGGACUUAAAAGAUUUGUUUUUUAACAUCAACAACCCAGAUUUGGUAACUCAGACAACAAUGGUGGUUGCCUGUGCAAGAUUAGGAGAUAUCAAAUUCGCACGCCGACCGAGAUGUGAUUGCCUGGAACGCAAUGAUAGCUGGGUUAAUGAUGCCACAAUGGUUUCCGUGUUAUCUGCUUGUACUCAAUUAAGUGCUUUAGAUGCAGGACAACGGGCACAUAGAUAUAUAAAGUAUAAAAAACUACAAAUCAACACAACCCUUGGUAGUGCACUCGUCAAUAUGUAUGCAAAGUGUGGGGAUAUUAACACGGCAAUGAAUGUUUUUGGGGGGAUGAAAGAAAAGAAUGUGUACACAUGGAGUGGUGCCAUGGGAGGACUAGCCAUGCAUGGUUAUGGCAAAGAGUGUCUUGACCUUUUUACCCUUAUGCAACAAGAAAACAUCACACCAAAUGAGGUCACUUUCACUUCAAUCUUAAAGGCUUGUAGUGUAGCGGGUCUUGUUGAAGAAGGUUGGAAGCAUUUUGAAUCUAUGACAAAAGAGUAUGAGAUUGUGCCAAAACUUGAGCAUUAUGGAUGUAUGGUUGAUUUAUAUGGCCGAUUGGGCCGUUUGGAUGAAACGUUACGCUUCAUCCAGAGUAUGCCAUGUGCACCCAAUGCUGAAGGAUAG